AUGUCCGCCCCUCAAGAAUACAAGAGCGAGCUGCUCCCCCUCCUCAUGUCCAACAAUGUCCUCUCCUUCGGCACCUUCGUCCUCAAGUCCGGUCGCGAAUCUCCUUACUUUUUCACCUCCUCCCUCCUGCACACUGCUCCCUUGCUGCGCGCCACCUCCUCAGCCUAUGCUAGUGUGCUCGCCAGCGAACCUUUCGUGAGCACCGCCGCCGAUGGCACCACCAAGCCCAACUUCGACAUCAUCUUCGGCCCCGCAUACAAGGGAAUCCCUAUCUGUGCCGCUGUCACCAACGAGUUGGCUGUGCGCGACUCCUUAGCUGCUACUCCGAAGGGUACCUGGGACAAUGUCAGCUACUCCUUCAACCGCAAGGAAGCCAAGGCUCACGGCGAGGGUGGAAACAUUGUCGGCGCUCCUCUGAAGGGCAAGCGCGUUGUUAUUGUUGACGAUGUCAUCACCGCUGGAACUGCCAUCCGUGAGGCUGUCAGCAUUAUUCAGAAGGAGGGUGGCAUUGUUGCUGGUAUUGUCGUUUUGCUGGAUCGUGAGGAGCGUGUUAGCGACACCGAGUCUAAGAGCGCCAUUGGUGUUGCGCAGCGCGAUCUGGGUGAAAGCAUCCCUAUCCGUGCGGUGAUUGGCUUGCACGAUUUGAUUGAGCAGCUUGGCGAUAAGAUUGGCGCGCAGGAGGUCCAGCGUCUGAAGGACUACCGGGCCCGCUAUGGCGCGGAGUAA